AUAUCUUGAUACACAAUUCUCCAUCACUUCUCAUCAUAUGUAUCCCCAGCAUUCCUCACACUUAGAAGGGACGUGUUCCAAAUUCCAAUAUAGCUCUUCAUUUUAUUUUCCCCAUUAGUAAAUGAACAUUACAUCAUAUGUGUAGCUAGAAGAUAUCUUAAUAGAAAGGUGAGUGAUCAAGAUGGAGAAGCAGGGCACGUGCGUGACUAACUCAUGCAUAUAUUUUAUGAUCGGAGAGUCCAUCUUUUUAUGUUUAAAUUUUUAUUGCGAGGGAGUUAAAUUUGCUGAUUAUAAUUAUAAGCUAUGCUUUGAGAAUUGCUUCAUAUAUUCAAUGUUAUAUGAGUUUGUUCUUCACGUGCUAUGCCUCUCCAUCAAGAACGCUCUAUCUUAUAGUCAUAGACGCGAUCAUAUCAUGGAUCAAAUGGAUUUGGAGCUUCAAUCUUCAUCAUCUCUCUUCAAUUCCCAAAAGGUGGAACAAAGACAACCUAUUUUACUGCUACAAGUGUCUACUCAAUAGCCGAUUCUUUUCAGAUAAGAAAUUUUGAUAUUAAUUUGGGUGAAAAAGGAAAGACAAAGGGUCUCGAUCAUUCGAGGCAGCAAUUAGUGCAGAAACCUUUCGACUAAAACGGUAAAAAAACAAGUUUAUAUUCCUAUAUGGCUUUGUUAAAUUGUUAGUCUAAUUUUAACUAUCAUUUAUGUUAACUGCAUAUGAAACAUUCAACUCCGAUAUAAUCUCAGAACGAUCCACCAUUCUCGUUGUCUAUAUAGUUGAGUUUGGACUCUGCCGCGAUUAACAAGCAAGCUCUUGAAGAACUUUCUUUUAGCCGUGUUGGAUGUUUGAAUAUAGUGUCUCACCAUGGCCAUAAAUCAAACAGCUUGCAUGAAACUCUGUUCGUUGCUCCAAAACUGCAAUGGGAAUUGAAUAGCACGUCACAUCACAACAAAGUUUAUUGUUGUGUUGGUACUUGGAAGUGACUCAAUGUUGGAAUAUCUUUUGGUUUAGCUACUUUCCUUUUUUAAUGUCACAAUCUUUUUUCCCUUCUCUGCUUCUUAUUUAAUUUGUUAUUUACCCAAAAAUUUGCUUGCCUUAAAGAGUUAAAAGGGAUGAAUAGACAUUUCACCGACUUUGAACUUUGAAGCUUCAAUUAUUGUUGUCUAGCUUUGCAUGUGUUGAUAAG